AUUUUAUGGAACAACACGAUGAGUACCCAAAAUACAAAGGAGUGAGAUUGAGAAAAUGGGGGAAAUGGGUUUCUGAGAUUAGGCUUCCCAAUAGCAGGGAGAGGAUAUGGCUUGGUUCAUAUGAUAUGGCUGAGAAAGCUGCGAGAGCUUUUGACGCCGCUCAAUUUUGCUUGAGGGGUCCUCACGCUCGCUUCAAUUUCCCAGAAAGUCCACCUGAUAUUCCAGGUGGGCAAUCUUUGAGUCCUCAUGAGAUUCAAGUCGUUGCAGCUAAAUUUGCGAAUGAUUUCAUCAUCAAAGAUCGAGAAGAAGAACAAGAAAACCCUAAUGGGUUUGAUGUUGAUCACUCGUCUGGUGAGCCUGUCUCAGACGAGGAUUAUAAUAAUAAUAUUACUACUAUUACUAAUAAUAAUGAUAAUAAUAGCAGUAGUAGUAAUAUUAUUAUGAGUGAUGAUGAUGGGUUUAAUAACAUGGAUUGGUCUUUGUUGAAUUUCUUGGAUUAUUCAUCCAAUAAUAUUGAAAAUGACUAUUUUGCCCCUUUUACUUGUUCAUCUUCUGGGCUUUCUGAUCAAGAUCAUCAUCAUCAGUAUUCAUCAUCAUCAGGUCAGUGUAGUACUACUGUUCCAGCUCAUCAUGAUGAUCAUAACAACAAUAGUAUAAUUUAUGAUAAUGAAGAUUAUUAUAGUAAUUACCCUUUUAUUACUUCUACUAAUGAUGAUCAUGAUCAUCAUGAUGAUCAUUAUUCCCACUCCUCAUUUCUUUGGAACUUUUAAGUAAUUAGGUUAUUAUUAAGAUAUAUAUAUAGUUCAUCUAUAUGAUGACGAUGAUGAUGAUCAGCAUGGCUCCUGCUCAUUUUAGCUGCCGGGAUAUUAUUGCUGGAAAAGGCUUCUCA